CCAUCUGUUGGAUCACAGGAUCUUGAUGCAAAUAAGGACAUCUUCCAAAGGCUCAGCUUACACAGCAGCUGAGUAACUAGCCAGACUUCUGCUCGGCUGUGUACAGGGUUAUUUGCUUCCAGAAUUACAUUGUGAUCAAGAGGCGAAUCCUGAAAUCCUGGUUCCCACCAUCAAGUGAAUUUUUCACCUCAGUAGAACUCAAGCCGCUGUUUGGAUUUUCCUUCUAAACAAAUACUAAAGACAUAGAAAGAAACCAUGUCAGAACACAGCAGGACUGAUGAAGAGAUUGAUGAAGAUGAAAUCUUGGCAAACUUGUCCCCUGAAGAACUGAAAGAGCUGCAAUCAGAAAUGGAAGUCAUGGCCCCUGACCCCAGGCUUCCUGUGGGAAUGCUUCAGAAAGAUCAAACCGACAAGCCACCAACAGGAAAUUUCGACCAUAAAUCUCUUGUUGAUUUUAUGUAUUGGCAAAAGGCAUCCAGACGCAUGCUGGAAGAUGAACGUGUUCCUGUCACCUUUGUGUCAUCUGAGGAAAAUAUUCAAGAGAAGCAUGAAGAAUUAGACAAAGGUAAUAAAAAUGUGUCCCAGUAUUUAAAAGAAAAGCUCAAUAAUGAAAUCACUUCACAGAAAAGAGAAACAAAGGGCAGUAACAAUGUUCAUGAAACAAACAAUAAUACAGAAGAUGAAGAAGAUGAUGAUGGAGAUGAAGAUGAUGAUAGUGAAGAGAGCGAAGAAAAAGCAAAAAGAGAAAAGGAAGACACAUUAGAAGAGAAAAUCAGAAACGGUGAGAGCACCUGUCAGCAGGUAACCAAUAAAGCAUUUGAAAACCAGAAAGACAGACCAGAGGCCCAAGAAAAAAGUGAGAAAAAAAUAUCAAAACUGGAUCCUAAAAAGCUAUCUCUCGAUACCAGUUUUUUGAAAGUUAGUGCAAGACCUUCAGGAAACCAAACAGAUCUGGAUGGGAGCUUAAGACGAGUCAGGCAAAAUGAUCCUGAUAUGAAGGAACUCAACCUGAACAAUAUUGAAAAUAUUCCCAAAGAAAUGUUACUUGACUUUGUCAAUGCAAUGAAGAAAAACAAACACAUCAAAACGUUCAGUUUAGCAAAUGUGGGUGCAGAUGAGACUGUAGCAUUUGCUUUGGCUAAUAUGUUGCGUGAAAAUAGGAGUAUCACCACUCUCAACAUUGAGUCCAAUUUCAUCACAGGUAAAGGAAUUGUGGCCAUCAUGAGGUGUCUCCAAUUUAAUGAGACAUUAACAGAACUUCGGUUCCACAACCAAAGGCACAUGUUGGGUCACCAUGCUGAGAUGGAGAUAUCCAGGCUUUUGAAGGCAAACAACACUCUCCUGAAGAUGGGCUACCAUUUUGAGCUUCCGGGUCCUAGAAUGGUGGUAACCAAUCUGCUCACCAGGAAUCAAGAUAAGCAGAGGCAGAAAAGACAAGAAGAACUAAAACAGCUGCAACUCAAAGAGCAGAGAAAGCUGAUAGCCAUGUUGGAGAAUGGGUUGGGACUGCCACCUGGGAUGUGGGAGAUGUUGGGGGGACCAAUGCCAGAUCCCAGAAUGCAGGAGUUCCUUCAACCUCCUCCCCAGUCUCCCAGCUCCCAAGCACUUUCCUUCAGUAGACGAAAUGAAAUGAUGAAAACUCCAUUACAACCUCCACCGCAGUGCCAGACAGACCCUGACUCCUUCAGUGUUGUGAAGCUGAAGAGGAUCCAGCGCAAAUCUCGGAUGCCAGAAGCCAGAGAAUCACAGGAGAAAACCAACCUCAAAGAUGUGAUCAAAACACUCAAACCAGUGCCAAGAAAUAGGCCACCCCCACUGGUGGAAAUCACUCCCAGAGAUCAACUCUUAAAUGACAUUCGUCACAGCAAUGUUGCCUACCUAAAACCUGUGCAACUGCCCAAAGAACUGGAAUAAGAAGCAAUAAAAAAAUCUAGAACAAGAAGUUUAAAUAAGUGACUCGUGAUUUAGCUCUUGGAGGCUAUUUCAAUGGCAAAGUCUGAAUCCAGGUGUCAGAACUGGGAAUAAAGCUAACAUCUGAUGGAGGUAUCUGGUAAAAGCAGAAUGCUUCUUCCAAAAUAGGGCAAGAAGAGAAAGAGAGAUAGAAAUAAAAAAUUAGUAUUCAGGGAAGAACAUCUUAUCAGUUUGAGUGAAUGAGGUGGAAUUAAUCAAUCAAAUUCUACUUAAUAAACAUUUGCUUUACUAGUGUUUUCUUCUGGCUAAUAGCAAUAAAUGUGGGAAAAUGUUAUGUAUUAUCUCAUUAUCUCUUAUUUCCUCUGCUGUAAUUCACAAAGUAUCUCAAAGAAAACAAAUCAUGCUUUUCCUUUUAAAAGUGUGAGAGGUUUGAACUCCAGGCCCUUGUGAUACUUGAAAAAAGAAAGAGUUGUUUGUUGUUGUUAAUUUGUUUAAGGAAGAAUUGUUAACUAGCUCUUUUUUUUGGAGAAUAGGUUGAGCUUUUGUUUCCUGUCCUGCCUUGCUUUCUCUCCUGGAUAAUUCUCUAAUGUUUUGGGAGAAAACUACUGAUAGUGAUUCUAUGAAAGCAGAUUUUUAAAAAAAUUGCCACAGGGUUAUCAAUGAGGCUCAAGCUCAGUGCCUGCACUAUGAAUCCACUGCUCCCAGUGAGAGUUUAUUCCUUUUAUUUUCCCCCUAAUUUUAUUAGAUAUCUCAGAGAAAUUGAAAGGGGGAGGGGACACAUAGACACCUGCUGACCUGCUUCACCACUUGUGAAGCAUCCCCCAUGCAGGUGAAGAGUGGGGGACUCAAACCCUAGGACUCAUACAUACUAAUAUGUGGGCUUAUCUGGGUGCACCACUGUCCACCCCCUGAAAGCAGAUCUUAAGCUACAUAGUUUCAGAAAGAAAGAAAGAGAGAAAACCCUACAUGUCUUUCCCCUAUUUCCAUGCAUACAGUGGUAGUAGGAGACAGUAUUUUCGUAGGGAAAAAGUAGAUAAAACAUUUACUAAGAAACUUUUUCAUUUUAGUUAACUAUAUAUUCUAUUUAUUUUGUAAAGUUUAAUGCUCAGCAUUCUCAGGAUGCUUUUUCAUACAAGGUAAUGAGAUAGAGAGGGAUCGACUCCACAGCAGAACUUCCUUCAGUGCCAAUAUUCCUCCCACCUAGUACAGGAACCCUAACCCUAACCCUAACUCACACCAUCCCAUGGUAAGGUAUGCACUUUACCUGGUGAGUUAUCUAUCUGACCCUUUUUGGAGUUUUGUUAUUGUUUAUAAAUGUAAUCUAAUCUUGUUUUUCUCAAAAAUCUUCUCAUGGAAACUUGCUACUGGUUAAAUUUAAAGCCAUAGCCUGUUACUCAAAGCACUGCACUGCCCUCCUCCUACAAUAUACUAAGCUGCUGUACUUUGCCACAAAUCUUUUAUACUUUUCUGCAUAAACAGCCUCACACACACCAUCUGCCUAUGCUCUCAGAGACCUUGCUUUUUGUAAAGCUCCCCUAAGAGACGUUCCUUCUGUUGUCUAUUUGCAUGUCCUACCCCAUCUUCAAAGUCAAGUCAGGUUGCAUCUCUUCACAAAAGAUUUUCUAGACAACUCCAACCCUAGUGUUUUUUUCUCCUUCUAAGCUCCUAGCACCGUUACUUCUUGUUUUGGUCAUGAAGUGCAUAGAAUCUGAAACUUUGUAUAGAAGUGGCUUUGAUGUCUUCUUUACCAGAGUGAGUUAAUUGACACUUACCAUGAG